UGGAGGGCGCUAACACAGAGCACCAGGUGGCCAGGGAACAACUUGAGAACGGAGGAGGCCAUUCACUAGCCUGUUUUAGCAACACACAACUAGCUACUGUUAGCUAGCCGGCAGCUAACGAGCAAGCUAAAACCUCAGUUGGUCUUAAUGUCUCCCGCUUCAUCAAGUGAUGGCAGGAGAACGGUGUUUACAGACCGAAGCUGAAUUGUAUUACCUCAUUGCCAGAUUUCUACAGUCGGGACCCUGUAAAAAAGCAUCACAGAUUCUGGUUGAAGAGCUGGAGGAGUAUGAGUUGGUCCCUCAACGAUGGAGUUGGGACGGGAGGAAAUACAAACGGACCUUCCAAGAUUUGGUGAUUUUGAACCAGCACAUUCCUGCCGACUAUCUGCUGCGUGUGUGUCAGCGUAUAGGCCCGCUGAUAGAGAAGGAGAUCCCACCUAGUGUUCCGGGAGUCCAAACCCUUCUGGGGCUCGGAAGACAGUCCCUGCUUCGUACUACCAAAAGUUGUAGCCACAAAGUAUAUAGUGGCUCAGCUGUUGCUGCACUCCACCGUGGACGUCCACCAGAACCUCCGGUCAGCCAUGGAGAUCUGCCAAGUGUUGUGUCCAUCUUGGGUGCUCGCCAGGCCACAGGCGCCGCUCGUUUCAACCAGGUGCUGCCGUCUUCCUCCUACCAACAUAUGAAGAUACACAAACGUAUCCUUGGCCACCUCUCUUCUGUCUACUGUGUAGCCUUUGACCGCACCGGCCGCAGGAUAUUUACUGGUUCUGAUGACUGCCUGGUGAAAAUCUGGGCAACAGACGACGGGCGGCUCCUGGCAACACUCCGCGGCCACUCGGCCGAGAUCUGUGACAUGGCCGUCAACCACGAGAACACCCUUAUUGCUUCAGCAAGCUGCGACAAAACCAUCAGGGUGUGGUGCCUGCGUACCUGUGCACCGAUGACCGUUCUGCAGGCCCACGGGGCCUCCAUCACAUCCAUACAGUUUUGUCCUGCUGUUAAAGGUACGACGCGGUACCUGGCCUCCACCGGUGCAGACGGCAUGGUGUGUUUCUGGAAGUGGCACUCGCUCAGCAUGAAAUUCCACGAUCAACCCGUCAAGUUUGUUGAGCGGUCACGUCCGGGAGUUCAGGUCUCCACUUCCUCCUUCAGCAGUGGUGGUAUGUUCAUGGCCACCGGUGGCACUGAUCACUUGAUCAGAGUCUACUACCUUGGUGCUGACUCUCCUGUGAAGGUCUCUGAGAUGGAUGCGCACACGGAUAAGGUCAUAGUCGUCCAAUUUAGCAAUAACAGUGACAGCUUAAGGUUCGUGAGUGGCAGUCGUGACGGCACGGCCAGGAUCUGGCAUUACCAGCAACAAGAGUGGAAGAGCGUCACUUUAGACAUUGCUGCCAGGCUGCCCGGAACCGCUGUCACCAAUGGGGAUGAUAAAACCAAGCUUGUGGUGACAAUGGUGGCCUGGGACCGUGCAGAUAGGACCAUCAUUACAGCCGUUUCCAACUACCUCCUCAAAGUGUGGAGCACAACCACCGGACAGCUGCUGCAUGUUUUAUCUGGUCACGAUGAUGAGGUGUUUGUGCUGGAGGCUCACCCAUUUGACUCCCGCAUCAUGCUAUCUGCCGGCCACGAUGGCAACAUUUACAUGUGGGACCUGACCAAAGGAGCCAAGAUCCGCAACUUCUUCAACAUGAUCGAAGGGCAAGGCCAUGGCGCAAUUUUUGACUGCAAGUUCUCCGCUGAUGGGCAACAUUUCUCCUGCACCGACUCGCACGGCCACCUGCUCAUCUUUGGCUUUGGCUGCAGCAGACCAUACGAGAAGAUUCCCGACCAGAUGUUCUUCCACACGGACUACCGGCCUCUCAUUCGUGACUCUAAUAACUACGUGCUGGACGAGCAGACGCAGCAAGCCCCCCACCUCAUGCCUCCACCCUUCCUGGUGGAUGUCGAUGGAAACCCUCAUCCUCCCCACUACCAGCGCCUGGUGCCAGGAAGAGAGAAGUGCAAGGAGGAUCAGCUAGUACCCCAGCUAGGAUACAUGGCUAACAGUGAUGGCGAGUUGGUUGAGCAGGUACUUGGCCAGCAAACGGCAGAAAACAGAGAGAGCCUGUUGGACGACCUCAUCAGACAGUUGCAGAAUGAGCAGGACGAGCGUCAGAACGGGGAGGAGCCGGCUCCAGAUGCAGAGGCGGGCGAUGAAGCAGAGGGGGAGGCCUCAUCUCCGGCUGCUGAAAUACAGAGAAGUGUGCAGGUGGGCGGGCUGUGGCAGAUGCAGCAUAAUGCCCUGCGUAGUCAAGUGGCCACUGAGAGGGACCUGCUGGCCUGGAGCCACAGAGUGAUGGUCAAUGAAGUCCCACACGGCAUAUCCAGAGUUGUGGAGGAGUGCAGACGAGCUAAAGGUGAAAUGGAAUGUUCUCUAUACAAUGCGGAGAGGAGGAAGAAACCAGUCGCCUGCACACCCACAAGCGAUCUGCUUCUUUCGCGCCUGCGGUCCCGGCGCCCGACCAAGAAAAAGGAGCAGCGUCACGCCUACCAGACCCGCUCAGCUCAAGUUCGGCCUGCACGGACGAGGAGGCGAAAUUCCAGCAACAGACGUAACUCUGACAGCCAGUUGGAAUCUGACAGUGAUGGACAUGCAGCAGCGCAGGCGGAGCAAAGCGCGGCCUCCUCUGAUGGGGAAGCUCUGUGGCAGAGUGAGAGCAGCUCCGGCGGCUCCUCCAGUGAAUAUUCUGAUUGGACAGCCGACGCCGGGAUCAACCUCCAGCCACCAAAGAGACUGACGAGGAGGCCUGUGCAGCCAAAAGGUUACAGCAGCUCCGAGGAGGAAGAAGCCGAUGGCAAGGAAAAGGAGGCCAAGAAGAGGGACAGUGAGAAGAGGAAGAAGCCUAAGGAGACCAAGCAGAAAGCGCCAGCAUCUCUGGCUGGACUCGACGCGGAAGAGUGGCUUCCACCUGCAUGGAUAAUGGAGACCGUCCCACACCGCUCUCCCUUUGUUCCACAAAUGGGAGAUGAGCUCAUCUACUUCAAACAGGGCCAUCAGGCCUACGUCCGAGCUGUGCGCAGGGCCAAAGCUUACAGCAUCAACCCUCAGAAACAGCCGUGGAACAGACUCGACCUCAGGGACCAGGAAUCUGUGAAGGUGGUUGGAAUUAAAUACGAAGUGGGACCUCCCACCUUGUGCUGCCUAAAACUGGCUUUCUUGGACCCCGUCUCGGGGAAGAUGACCAACGAGUCUUUCUCAUUAAAGUACCAUGACAUGCCUGAUGUGAUAGAUUUUCUGGUACUGCAGCAGUUUUACAACGAGGCUAAAGAGCACAACUGGCAGCCAGGUAUGAGGUUCCGCAGCAUCAUCGAUGACGCCUGGUGGUUCGGCUCCGUGGAGGACCAAGAGCCGCUGCAGCCAGAGUAUCCAGACAGCCUGUUUCAAUGCUACGCAGUGAAGUGGGAUAAUGGAGAGCAGGAGAAAUUGAGUCCCUGGGACAUGGAGCCAAUUCCUGAGGAAGCUGCGUUGCCGGAGCAGGUUGGUGACGGUGUGGAGGUGGCCGAGGACGAGCUACAGGCUCUGCUUUACAAGCCUCAGGAGGGAGAGUGGGGUGCUCACACACGGGAUGAAGACUGUGAGCGAGUGAUCCACGGCAUCGAUCAGCUCCUUACACUGGAUGUGGCCAAGGCGUUCUCGUCACCAGUGAAUCUGCAGGACUACCCGCUGUACUGCACUGCGGUGUCUUACGCCACCGACCUCAGCACUGUCCGCAAGCGACUGGAGAACCGCUUUUACAGGCGUAUCUCUGCAUUAAUGUGGGAAGUGCGCUACAUUGAACACAAUGCCCGCACUUUCAACGAACCCCAGAGCCCCAUUGUAGCAUCGGCUAAGGUGGUGACUGAUGUUCUCCUACACUACAUCAGCGACCAGAGCUGCACAGACAUCUUGGAUCUGCAUCGUAAACUGAGGUCUGAGAUUAGCAGUGGAGGAGAAGCUGAGGUUGAGUUGGAUGUGGACUCUGACACUCCGGGGACAUCUUCAGGACAUUGGGGAGCUGACCCAAAUUCCAAGAAGCGCGGUGGGGUUUUGGAUGUGAAUCUCUGGGCAGGUCAAUGCAAAGAGCUGCUGCGUCGAAUGAUCGUCUCGCCAGAUUCCGAGCCGUUCAGACAGGCAGUUGACCUCUUUGAAUACCCGGACUAUAGAAACAUCAUUGACACUCCCAUGGAUCUGGCUACAGUGUCAGAGACGCUGGGAGCAGGCAAUUAUGAAAGCCCCAUGGAGUUUGCCAAAGACGUGCGCCUCAUUUUCAGCAACUCCAAAGCAUACACGCCGAACAAGAAAUCCCAGAUCUACACGAUGACCCUCAGCUUGUCGGCCUUCUUUGAAAAAAACAUCAUCUCCAUCAUCUCUGACCACAAGUCAGCCAUUCAGAACGAACGGCGGGCUCUUCAGAGACUCAGUUACCGAAACCGAAUGCACAACGGUGGCAACUCCCCGCCUGCCAGUACAUCCCCCAGCCCAAAAGGGAAGCACAAGCCGGGGAAGGUGUUGAAGCCAAAAAAAUCCCAGACCUCAACGAAGAAUCGUUCCCAGAGAUCACAGAAAGCUCAUCCAAGCAGCAGUGUAGCAGAGGAGGAAGACCUCCAGCCUUCUUCCCCAAGUUCAGGGACAAGCGGCGAGAGUGGAAGCCGAGGGCCGCAUCACGGGACCCGCAGCCAAGUAACUCCAGUGAAGAAGUCCGCAGGGACCAAGCGAAACAUGCAUCCAACGGCUCCAGUGAACAACGGCUCCAGACAGCGACUUGUGCCACCAGAGGCGCCGCAGUCUGACGACGAGGAGGAUGACGAGGAGGCGGGAUCCGGAUCCAACAGCUCCUCUUCCUCCUCGUCCUCCACCUCAUCGUCCUCCUCCUCCUCCUCCUCCUCGUCGGACAGCGACAACAGCUCUGAUUCUGAGAUGGAGAAGUACGUGGAAGGGGGAGAUCACGACUACAGCAAAGCCCCCUGCCUGUCGGUACAUCACUCGGCUAAAAGUAAGGUGGCAGCCUCGGUGAAGAGGAGACGCAAAGAAGAAGACGAUGAGACGAUGAGACCUAAAAGAGCACGAAUGCAGCCACUGGUAGAGGAGGACCAGGAGGAGGAGGAGGAGGAGGAGGAAGAGGAGGAGGAGGAGGAAGAAGAAGAGGUCGAGGAAGGUGAAGAUGAAGAUGAGGAUGAAGAGGAUCAGCAGCAGCAGCAACAACAACCGGUAGUUGAAGGACAUGACGAGGAUGAGGGAGAGGUGGAAAAGGAGGACGGGGAUGAAGACGAAGAGCCGGAGGAGGAGGAGGAGCCAGAGGAGGAAGAACCCGAAGAGGAGGAGCCCGAGGAAGAGGACGACGUCGACGGGAUGCAGACGGAAGCUGCAGCGGCAUCAGCAGCCGCCGGCAGCCUGAGAGGAAGCCAGUGCAAGUCUCGGCGGGUCAGCACGCGCAACCAGGGCCGCAGGACAGUUCUGUACAGGGACGAGUCGGAGGACGAUGGCCAUGGGUCGAAGGAGGACCCCCUCAACCUGGGCAUGUCCCGCUCAGGACGGGUACGCCGCAUGACCGAGAAAGCCCGUGUCAGCCACCUCAUGGGCUGGGGUCACUGACACCACGGCCCUCUUUUUUAAAAACCUCAAUUUAAAAACAAACCGUUUAACAUGCGUAACACUUCAGGGAUUUUUUCUUUCUUUUUGUACAAGUGUAUAUAAAAUAUAUAUAUGUUUUUUUUUUUUUUUUAUCUGACACUGCUUAUGACUAGAACUGAUGGUGCUCACAAUGUGUUGCCGAGGGGUUUCCCCUCCUCGGUCGAUGGAGCCACUGUUCAACGCGGAUAAUCUCCCACUGGAGUAACUCACCUCGGCCUUACUGCUCGCUGAAGGAGCUUUGGAGAAGCGGCGCCGCUCCUCCUCCCUCCUCCUGUGAGUGUCAAGUCUAGUGCUAAACACUAUAACCCCUCCGCCUCCUCUUCUGGUCUCUCCCGAGACUUUUCAUAUCCCCCCCCUCCCCUCCCCAGUCACCAAAGAAAGAUACGGAGAUGCCAAAAAACGGUGCUCGUGUUUUAGUUCUGUGUUUUUUUUAAUUAAUUUAACGAAACUCUUCAUGCUCGCCGCCACUAGUUGAGUCACAACAUCCACGAGACACGUGCAGUGCCGGUUAAGGUCACUGAUGUCCACUUCUUUGGUACUUUCCUCACAACCACAAGCCUUAUUAGUUUGUUGCAGAGCUAAAUCCCUCAGAUUUAGUCAAUAUGUGCGGCUCCGGUGCAGUUUGGGCACAAGCAACUUGCAAUAGUAGGGCUCCAAGUGACUGCAGUGAGUACAACAGUCAGUAGCCCGAUAGCCCUACAGCCCGUGUCACACGUCUUGAUGUCCAUGGUCUAGGGAACGUUGGAUGUCUCUCCCCCGCUUCCCUCUCUGUGGUGUUGACUGUUUUUAGGCUCUUUGAUUCAGUUGUUUUGGUGGGGGGAUUUUCCUCCCUUUUUUUCUUGAGAGUAGAAGUGGUUUUCUGGGGUAAAACAGCCACUGCAUUGUUUGUAUUUCUGCUGUUGUGCUGGUGGAUCGGACCCAUUCAUGGUGGUUUCCAUCACACUUUCUCCACUUGUGCAAAUGCAAGGUGUCCCUGGCGUCCUCUCUUCCACAGGUAUUUAUUUUUCCAAUGUCUUGUACUAAGGUUACUUUAACUAGUGGUGAGAAAGAGGAAAUAUUUGCACAUUUAUCUUCUCCACGUGGCAGCUGAGUAAUAAAGAUAGUCGAGAAUUAUUUUUUUUUCGGGUCUGGGAAUGUUUAAACUGUGCCAGCAGACAUUCAGUUUUUUAUUUUAUUUUGAGUAAGUAAAACAGAAAUAUAUCUAAAUCUAUACCAAUGUCUGUAUGAUGACACUGAAGGCAUCAAUUGGAAAUCUUAUGCAUGGUUUCUUUUUAUCUCAUGGACUGAUGGCUGUUUCUAUCAAAAUCACGUGGUUUCGUUUAAUCAUUCAAUGAGUCAUUCCUCAUUGUUGAGUGUUUCUUGUGGAAUUGCAUCAAAUUGGAUCCUUUGUUGUCGCAGCAACGUGGUUUACUUCGAAGCUCGCGUGGUCGCUUCAAAUGAGCCGGCGUCCGGUCGGGAGAAGCCGGAAAAGUGGACUCUUAAAUAGUCAACACUGGGUGCUCUAAUCCGAACACACCUCGUCAUCACUCUGCAAGGUCGCCGACAUCAGAGAAAGCUCUAGGAGGUUCUGCUUAUUCUUUUCUUUUUUUAAUAUGUGUGUGUGUGUGUGUGGGGGGGGGGGGGUGCUGAAGCAUCUGGUGCUCGGAGAUAUAAAAUAAUCAAAUCAGCAUCUGGGGUGCUGUGAGCAUCAACAUUAACUGAAGUCUUGAAAUGGUUCUGGUUGAGUGUGAGAAGACUACGAUUCAUAUUUUGGAAUCUUAUUUUCAUAUAGUAGAUCGCUUUUAGUCUCGCUUCGAUGCGUCAGAUUAGUUGAUGACUGAUACGAUAACAUUCCACUCUAGGUGGAUUGAGAUUACGUGACUGUCUUUUAUACGCAAUAAUUUGGUUGUAUAUGUUUUCUUUUUUAAUAAAAAACAAAAAAAGAUCUUAAAAUGAA